AUGAAGAAUGCAGGUUGUUUGACAUCAGAUGAAUUUUUGGUAAAAGUAGCAGAAUAUUUCAAAUUAGCAAACGAGAAGAAAAUUGCUGUACGUCUAACGAUGAAAAGACUAGUAGAACAUGAUCCAGUUCAAGGUAAUCUAGAAUUAGAUGCUACCUCGAAGCCAAAUUUUGAUAUUUCUAAAAAAUCCCAAGAUUUAAAGAUUGAAGAUCAAGUUUCUCAAAAGGAAUACCCUCUUUUAAUAAGAAUAUCGUAUGGGUCACAUGCAAACAAGAACAAAUGUUCAACAAUAGUUAAGGCUGAAAACCUCGAUAAGUUCUGGCAGGAUUAUACCUCUGAAGUAAAAGGCGGUAUGUAUGGUUUGCUUAAAAAGAAAAAGAAGAAAACCAAGAAUGUGGCUUUAAAGAAUAAGAAAAAAGGUAAGAAAUAA